AUGGAGACCGUAACCACGCCCGGCGGCGACCGGCCCUCCACCCCGACGCCCUCCCAGCUGCCCCCCGUCCCCUCGUCGCCAGUCUACUCUCUCGCCUCGACCGCGAACCCGCUCUCCUCCUACCACCUCCCGCUCCCGCCGCCCCCGCGGCCCCUCCAUGCCGUCCUCACCAAGUCCGACCUCGAGCUCUCCCAGGCCGCCUACUCCGACCUCAUCCAGACCGCAAAGUCCUACCGCCUCGCUCUCGCCUCGCUAUCCAACGCCGCCUCCGCCUUCGGCUCCGCCCUCGAGUCCUGCGCCCGGCUCAAGGAGGCCCGCGCCGAGUCCCUCUCGUCCGCCUCCCAGACCGGCGCCGCCCUCUCCGCCAGCUUCACCGCCGGCGCCAAGGGCGCUUGCACCGCCGACCUGCUCCUGUCCGCUUCGGGCGUCCACCACCUCGUCGCGAACCACCAGCAGAUCCUCUCCGAGACCGUCUACCGCGACUUCGAGGUGCCCCUGUUGCAUGAGCUCGACAAGUGGCGCCAGCGCGUUGAGGACGAGGAGGAGGCCUACCUACGCGAGGUCAAGGCCCGGAACCUCGAGAUCAGGCGGCUCGAGAAGGAGGGGCUGAAGCUCCACAAGCAGCGCAGGCGCGACGUCGGCAGCUUCAGGGCCCACCUCGUCGACCUGACGACCAAGCUCGACGGCCUGACGUCGCUACACGGGGACCAUGCCAGGACCCUACUGCGCGAGAGCCAGGACACGAGCGGGCGCAUCCUCGAGGCCUCGUGCAGCCUUGUCCGCGCCGAGGUCGACAUUUUCGAGUCGCUGGCGAGGAAGGGCUGGUCUGGCGGAGGGCUGGACGAGCUGCUGGAGAAGGGCGCCGACCUGUUCGCCAGCGACGAGGUCGGCGAAUACCCCGGGCUCGGCGCUGGCUCCGGCGGGUCGGCCGAGUCCGCGAAGCUGUUCAGCAUCUUGCCGCCCAAGAGCAUCCUCGCGGACGCCGCGUCCGACGUCACACGCCACGGGGGCCACCACCGAGGCGACAGCCUCCUGAGCGACCCGGACCGUUACCAGAGCCUCACCGCCGCCGCCGCCGCCGCCAACGCCACCGCAUCGUCGGGGCUGGGGGAUGACAACGACGCGGACAGCAUCUUUUCCGAGACCAACUUCAACAGGCCCAGGGGCGUGCGGCCCUUCUCGCCCCAGCCUAUCAGGCGGCACGCUACCGACGUCACGUUCGACAGCCUGGGCGUCGGGCUGGGCGAGGGCUCGCAGAGAGACGACAGGGCCGCCGAGGAGACGCGGCACGACGUGCUCCGCGAGGAAGACGAGGCCGAGACGUACGAGCAGACCGACAGGAGCCCCUGGGAGGAAGAAGUGCAGCACAGAGGAAAGGGGGGGCACGGAGCCGAGUCCGGCAACACCGCGGCCGUUGAGGACGCGGACGCCGCGAACGGGACGGCGGAGAGGGGAAGGCUGGGGAGGCGGUGGGGCGUGAAUGAAGAAGAAGACGACGCGUAG